UGCCUUCGCAUGAUUUUUUAUGAAUAAUUUCAAUGGCCUGAUAAAAGAAAUGUUCUGUGCAUGUUCUAUCACCUGAAUAGUAUUUUAUAUAGAAAGUGUGAAAAUUGGUGUUUCGAAUUCCUGGUGGAAAUCUCUAUGAAUUGACCAUCCGAGUUGUGAAAAAUGAUAUGUACGACUGACCUGGAUUUUGCUCCUUCUCAAGUAACAAACAAGGAAUAUGAUGCCAACGAAAAUCAAAACCUUGCCGCUAGUAAUGGUCAAUCUACAUCUCCAAGUUCACCUAUUGCGUCGUGUUCGAACCAUCAAGAAACACAGCGUUUUUCUCCUGCUCCAUCAUGUUCCUACCAAUCCGCUUACGAAAAUUCAAAUUACACCAUUAACUGCAAUUAA